AUGUCUUCCAAUUUGACACCCACCAGCUUCGCGUCUGCCGCAGCAGGCCAGUCUCGAGGGUCACGGUCUGGCGAUGGUACUGGUGACUGGUCGCGACGAGAGGGCCGCUCCACAAAUGGGACCUUGACAUUUCGCCGCCCUAUCACCACUCCUUCAAACCAGGCACCACAGACAGCCUCCGAUGUGUCAUCUGCCCUCCCACCGCUCGUGACCGAGACCUUGCCGGCGCAAAGCCCCUCCCACCCGACUGACCGAUCACUCCGCUAUUCGCGCGAUCAUUUGCUGGACCUGUUCCAGGCCAACGGAAACGAGUCCGCUGACGCGUCAAAUUUAUUCGUCAGCGGGUGGAACCCGACACAGGUCAACGGGACGGCCAGAGGUUGGGGUAAGAGCUUAGAUGGCACUGUACCCCAGGAUCCUACUGUCUGUUGGGAUGCUGCCGGCAGUAUUAAGCCGAUCGGUCUUCAAGAUAUGUCUGCAGAGGACAGCGAGAUGUUUGCUGAUAUCAAUUCGACCCUGAAGCCACAGCCGCAGAAAGAUGGCGGUCAAGGACCUGGCGGCGUCAACGGAAGAAAGACCUCUACCUCCGUGUCCCACGGGAACGGAAGCGGCUUCAACGUGUCAUCCCCUCUGUCUGCUUCCCGCCCGACCGCACGGCGAAGGGAGACGUCCGACACGAAUCCAUUCCCGAGUGGUGCGGGCCUGAUUUCUCCACUGACCAAUCGAGCGCCCCGCGACGAUUCCUCGUGGUUCGGACGAAAAGGAACCGAUCAAAAAGAACCACAACAAUUUGAAGAGCCCGAAGAGGAUACCAGCCCCUCGGCGGCUAAGGCCUCGGGCUUAGGCACCGGUGGACGAAGCAAUACGGUUGGUGGAACGUCUUCGAUGUGGGGCACUUCGACAACGGCUGCUGCUUCUACCGCCGCUGUUGGUGCUUUUGGCAGUUUUGCGCUGCCUACCGUUGGCGACAAGCGUUUUGGCAGCACGCGCGGCGAGAGCCGGCUUGCUCAUCUGCUUCCCAAGCAGGAUACCUCCGAGACCGGUGGCCCCGGGGCGAAGCCAAGCAGCAGCGCAGCUGGCAGCGCGAAUGCCAAGGAAUCUUGGCGGCUGCGCCCGAGAACUGACACCGAUCCGUUUGGCGAGGACACUGCCCCGGCGGGCGGCGCUUCUUUGGACAGCAGCCAGCAGAACGCAAAUGCGGACUCGCAGACGUACCAGUCCUUCGGCACCCCGAUGAAGAGCACAGGUGGCGACAUUGGCGUGUCGGGACUGAAUAUGGGCUCGUCGAUGGACAACGAUGGCGCGGCAAGUCCGGAGACGAAUCCGUUCCGCAGCCCGCCUGCCGAACGUGGUGAUAACGAUCACUACCAGACAGCGGCUAUGUCGAGCGGGCUCGAGAAGGGCAUGGGCGCGAUUGGCGGCGGCGUGCAUGACCACUCGUCCAAUUUUGGCUCCAUUCGUGGAUAUCCCGGCAACGCCUUUGACGGCAGCGAUCGCAGCCAGACUUCGAGUGUGGGUGCGAAGGGGUUUACCGGGCUCGGCAGCAUUGCUGGCUGGGGCAACGCCUUGAACACGAGCACCCCGGACCGGGAGCGUACCGUUUUUUCUAGCGCAUUCGGAAGCUCAUUGUUCAGUCCGGUCACGGGCGAGCUUCAGUCGCCUGGCUUCGGCGGCGGCGUCCCUGGUGUGUUUGGGCCUCCUACUGGAGGGGGUGGAAUCGGUGCAACUGGGUCCCUGCGUGGUACAAGCAAGCUGGGAUCGCUGUUCCCGCCAAGCAUGCAGGCUCAGAUGGUUGGUAGCCAGGAUCAGGAUGGGAGCCUGAAUGAUUCUGUCCCUGAUCUUCGCCAAACAAACCCACUCGGAGCAAUUGGCCGGGAGGCCAUUGGAAUACAAGGGCGAGAUGCUGAUAUGGCAUCGGCCAGGCCAGGCCGUGGCGGCUUUUUCGACGAUCUCAUGGACCCGACUCGGGCUGGAGGCAGUGUUUUUGCGAGCGGCGAGCAAGGAGGACAGAUGCUCGCCUCGACGUCAUCGCCUAUGCUGCAGUCGCAGGUGUACGAUUCGAUGUCGGGGCGUCCAAGCUCCGACACCCCCUUGAAUCAACCUCGGAUCAUGGUCAUGCCUGACCGGAUGCGUUGGGUGUACCUCGACCCCCAAGGCCAGACACAGGGCCCCUUCACGGGUCUGGAGAUGAACGAUUGGUACAAGGCCAACUUCUUCACGGCUGACCUUCGGGUCAAAAAGGUCGAGGACACCGAGUUCGAGCCUCUGGGCCAGCUUAUCCGGCGAAUUGGUAACUCCCGUGAACCGUUUCUUGUUCCUCAGAUGGGUGUCGCUCACGGACAGCCGUCCCUGAGCGGCACAUUUGCUCAUGGCGACCGCGGUACCGUUAUUCCUCCUCUGGUGGGUGCGUUCCCGAGCUACGGGAGAACCCUGACUGCCGAGGAGCAGAACAAUUUGGAGCGGCGGAAGCAGGAGGAGCAGUACAUGCUGGCACGCCAGCGGGAGAUGCUGUCUGUGCAGCACCACCCCUUCCCUGGCGGCCGUGUGCCUCCCACAUCUGCGACCAGCGCUCUCCACCACCACUCUAGUGUCCACAGCCUGCAGAGCCAACCUAGCUUUGGCAGCAUGACCGCUCCGAUUGGUGCCGGCCCGCCUGCCAUCCCAGGUGGAUUGAGCGGUGGACAGGUCUUUUUCGACCAUCCAGGCAUGCUUCCACCGACUAGCCUGCCUGGCGUCUCGUCCGGCUCGGACCUUCUUCGGGACGACAUCGGCGCACAAGACCGGCAGAUGCUGUCUGGCCUGCAGCCGACAGGAGCAGUGCCAGGACCCUUUGCAACCCAACAAUCGACUUCGAUCACGAAUGAGAUGACAACCCGCAGCAACCUGCCGACCAUGGACCAGCUGAAAAAGGACCCGCAAGGGUUUAGCGAACGCCUGAAAGAGUUCCAGAAGCUCCGCGAGAACAUUGAUGCGGAAGACGGCUUGACUGGUCCGGGUGCCCCGUCGUCUGAUGCGAUCGACAUCGCGCGGGAGGCCGUGGCACACCAUGACCCCCAGCAAGCACCGACAGCCGCAGCUGUGGAUGAUGCACCACUGGAACACUCAAGAAAAGCCGCCUCGUCAGCCGAGUCGGCCGCGUCGAUAAUGGCUGGCCUCUCCCUGACGCAGCAAGUGCAGAAGGCCCAGGCUGCCAAACGUCUUGCCGAACAGGAAGAGGUGGACGAGAUCGUCCAGCCGGCGGAACCACAUCUCGACCUGCCGAUGCCUUUUCCCCCGCCACAGGGCCAGGCUGGAACGCCGAUUGCGGCGCCCACGGCGCAGCGGUCGCGCUCUACACUGCCUGACCAGUAUGCUACCAGCCGUUCCCAGUCAGAGACGCCGGAGAGCUCAACCGUCCAGCCGCCACCUCUGGCGCCAUGGGCCCGUGACCACGUGUCUGAGAGCCACAAGGGCCCGAGCCUGAAGGAAAUUCAAGAAGUCGAGGCGAAGAAGGCCGCCAAGGCCGAGGAGGUUGCUCUGGCUGCCCGCAAGGCUAUGGCCGAACAGGAGGCCGCUCUUUUGCGCGAACGCGAGAAGGCCGCGGCCACAGUCGCACCUGGACUGCCGACCUCAUCGACCUGGGCGGCCAGCUCGCCGACUGUUGCGGGGUCCAGCAGCCCGUGGUCGAAACCCGGCGCAGCCAGCAAGCCUACUGUACAUGGCGUGGCCAGCGGAAGCUCCACGCACAGCGCGGCCGAAAAGAAGAAGACCUUGGCAGACAUCCAGCGCGAAGAAGAGGCGCGCAAGCAGAAGAGCAAGGAGCUCGCAUCUCUAUCCCCCGCGUCCCCAGCACACAGCGGAACAGGCAAGCGCUAUGCCGACCUUGCCAGUAAAGUCCAGGCCUCGACGCCAACCAGCCAGACUUCUGCCAGUGCCUCGCCUGUUCCUGCUGCCCCUGUCGGCAGCGGUUGGGCGACAGUCGGUGCAGGUGGCAAGGUGAAGACGCCCUCUGGGCCCUCGGUUAGCCGCUCAGCAAGCACGUCGUCUCCGGCUGUGAAAACUGCUCCCACAUUACCACCAAUGCCCCGAGCCGCCUCCAAGCAGGUGUCUGGCGCAGCGACAGCGAAGCUGGACAUCGGUGGCGUGGCUAUGGAGGAGUUCAACAAGUGGCUACAUCGCGAGCUGGGCCGCGGAAUCACGAGCGGGAUUGACCUCGAUGGCUUUGUGGAUAGUCUCCUGCAGCUGCCCCUGGACCUGACCAUUAUUUCCGAGGCCGUGUAUGCCAGCUCGAAGACGAUGGAUGGGCGCCAUUUUGCAGAGGAGUUUAUCCGUCGGAAGAAGCUUGCCGAGAAGGGCGUGGUGGAAAAGCAGGCGGUGCCGUUGACAUCUGGCGACAGCAAGAGCAGCGGUGGCUGGAACGAGGUGGCGAAGAAGGGAAGCAGCAGCAGCAGCAGCCACCAAAAGGAGGAAAGCAUGCCAGCUGGCUUUAAGAUGGAGCUUGAAGCGCUCGUCUCGAACGGCCGGUACGCCGAAGUCCUUGUUCACGAGGACGCAAGGGCUCUACUUCAGGAUUUUGUCAAUUCGCAGCUGAACUCUGUUGGGAAGGGCGAGGCACCGAAAAAGCACAACCUAGACGCUGGCUCAGCAGCUUUGUACGUCGGUAUUGCUGCUCUGAAUGCAUUCUUGCAGUCAAAUGUCACGGGCCCCGUGCUCGAAUCUGCGCAGAAGGUCGAGAAGCUGUUGGGUGCGCUGCAAGAUAGCACCAACGGCACGGUGGAUGGAGCAGCGACGUCUCUGCGACGAUCAUGUCUGUCCUCUCUAGAUGUGGACGGCAUCUCCGUGUACCAAUACAUACAACAUAUUGAGCUUUUCUGUCUGGCCAGAUGGGUAUUCGUUGCACACAUGUCGGACGAUAACGCCUCCACCCUAAGCGGGCCAAGACAGGAUAUCGAUUCUGAUCCGGCAGGACAAAGCUUGGCGUGGAUGAGGCUGCGCAUUCAUACGUGGCACUACAAGCUACUCACCGAGCCGAACCAGGGACCGGGGUCCGUGUUCAACAAGAUGACACAGUGGAGUGAGCUGCCGAGCCUGCAGGAGCAGAUUCUGGAGUGUUUGGAUGCGGUCGAAAAAGAGGUUCUGGACGGAGACGAACAGGCAGGCGACAACGCUACCUGGAGCAGGAAGUCCCAGGUGCAGUUUCUGCUGGAGAAGAUGAACGUAUACGCCAUGAUAGGGCUGGAUGCACAGGCGCAGGAAGCGUUGGAUGCGGCGGCGAAACGGCACCUUCCGCAGGCGCUGCAGCUCAACAACGACACUCUCCUAGAGACCAUUGACUUCUCUGGGGCUAAAGUUAGCAAUGGAGAGGCAGCAGCUGACAUCCCGGGUUCCCUGCGCGAUCUGUUCCCCGACAACCAGCCGCCACUGUCGCCUCUCGACCAGAUCAUCCUGCUUUCAGCCGCCACUCUGAAGGAUGCCUUUUCUCCAGCAGACUCUCUUACGCUGGAGGAAAUCCUGCCGUAUGCAACUCGAGUACUUCUGGACAAGGCUACAAACUGGCAGAUCUACUCGCAGGCCCUCAUUGUGCGGUCUCGCAUCGAGAUGCACCGCAGCCGAACGGUCGAACGAGGUGUGCUCCAGAUGCAGGCGGUGGUCGACCAGGUGGUUGUUGACACGAGCGCCGAAGCCGAGACGACGAACGACGACAGUACCGUGACUAUUCCUGCCAUCGAAAUCAGCACACCAGCUGGAGAUACACACAGCAACAAGCCGACGAGCUUCUUCCCGGCAGCGAAGCAGUCUGAGCAGGCUCCCCCACAGGAACGGUUACGGUACAUCAGCAUGCUGUCCACGCCACCACGAUGGCAUCUCGAGUCUGAGCUGGCGUUUUCUUGGGCUGGCGUGGGCUCUCUGGUGUCUGCACUCGAGAUCUUCAAACGGCUGCGGCUAUGGGCCGAGGUUGCGCUCUGUCUGGCGAGCAACAGUGCCUUUGACGACGAGGGCGGCAGGGGCUCCGGGGGCGAGGAGAAAGCGAGGGCGCUGAUUCGGUGGCAGCUGUUCAAGGCGUCUGAUGCAGCCCGAGAGCCGGCCGGGGGAGAAGACGGCAAGGAUGUUGAUGUUCUAGCCCUACGGGCAACAGACUUCUACGGACCAGAGCGCGACCCGGCACCGGCCAACGCACCGCGGCUGUUCUGCAUCCUGGGCGACAUCGAGGCGGAGCCAAAACACUACGAACGGGGGUGGGAGUUGUCGAAGCAUCACUACUCGCGGGCCAAGAGGUCGCUGGGCGAGCACUACCUGCAGCAGCAUGACUGGGAGAGGGCACGAGAUGCGUACAAAGAUGCGGUGUCUGUCAACCGGCUGAACCCGCAGAUGUGGAGCCGUCUGGGCGACAUCCAUCUCCGGAUGGGCGUGUUCUCGGAAGCAGCAGAGGCGUUUAACCGGGCGAUUGCAGCUGCAGGAGAGGCUGUCGGCGGCGAGGAUGCGAGGACGUGGAGCAAUCUGGGCAGUGCUCUGUACAGCUUGUAUACGGAAGGAAUCAAGGAGCAGCCGGAAGCAAAGCGAGACGACGAAGAGGAGGACACGGGCAACGGAGAAGCGGCAAAGGGCAAGAGAGAUCCGGCCAUCUUCUUGCUGCAGGCGCUUUCGGCAUACAAGAGAGGAGCGGCGAUCGCGCGUGAAAACUGGCGGAUCUGGGACAAUGUAGUGACGCUGGCAUCGCGGGUGCGGCCGCCAGCAGUGGGCGACAUUGUGAUCGCAGUGCGGAACAUACUAUCGAUCCGGGCAACGGAGGAGGCAGUGGAUGCAGAUGUGGUGCGGCUUCUGCUACACGAAGCGGUGCUGCCGAAGCCAAAGCCAGCGGGCGGCGUGCCUGGACGGGGGACGAUGGAGAAGGCCGUAUGCGAACUGGUGGAGAUCGAGAUUGUGCCUCUGAUCACGACACGCAGCGAGCUGUGGGAGCUGGUGACACGCGAGAGGGUGUGGCGAGGCGACCUAGCCGGAGCCAUCGAUGCGGCCGAGAAGGGCUGGCGGGCAGCAACGGGAGGAGUCAGCGUCGGCAGCAGUCUGGGAGCAGCAGCUGUACGCACAGGAGGCGGUGGUGGCAGCAGCAGCGAUGAGGCCAGGAACUGGCUCGAGAACGCAGAGGCCUGGGACAGUGUCGUGGCUCGGACAGACGAACUGGUGUCGAUUCUGGAGAACUACGGCCCAGAUGUACCGACAGUCGGCAGUCGGUGGAAGAUCAAGGCACGGAGUGCCCUACGAAGCGUCAUGAGCAAGGGAAAGGACCAGUGGGAGGGCAGUUCUGGAUGGUCUACGCUUGAGGGGCUGCUAGAAGGACUGAAGUAG